UCAGUUCCGUUUGAGUAAAGACGUUUUAACAAAAUAAAUUAAUUAAUUUGUGGAAAUAGCGGCCAAACACGAUUUUUUCGCAGUUAAGACGCUCUGUGUUGAUUAGCUGUAAGUGUUAUAGCAUUUAAAGAACGAAACGAAGCCAUACUUAUAUGAGAAAACAACGUUGAUUUUCCCUCCAAAUAGACCCAUGCCUCACAAUGCCUCUCUUAAAGAAAAAGGUGUUUGAAAAACAGUCGAUACCGGAUUUUCUUCGAGAUGAUGAAGAGGUUUUCUAUUGCGAGAUUACCAACGAGAUAUUCCGAGACUAUGAGGAGUUCUCUGAGAGGAUGUUCUUAUGUAAUUCAAUGGUUUGGACCUGUUCCAUGACAGGAAAAUCUAAUUUGACCUAUCAAGAGGCUUUAGAAAGCGAAGAAAAUGCCAAACAGAGCCUGAAAGAAUUUCCCAUUGAACUGAGGAUACCUAUAUUAUUCCUUGCCAGUAAAACUCAAAGAUCUUCUUUUGGAGAUAUGGCAGAAGAUGUUUUCAUGUAUGCAAAAGACAGAUAUUUUAUCGGAGAGAAUUUAGAAACCUCCUUUACUGGGAACAAAUGGAAAGACUCGCACGUUUUGCAAGUAAUUGCUCCUACAGAGGAACAACUUGGGAGCAUUAAUAGAAAUGGCACAAAUUCAGAUCGCCAUUACUGGCCCCCUGCAAACUUAUUCAAAUAUGAGAUAGAACACCUCGAUGCUGAUGAUAAUGACAUCAGUGAAAUUAUGAUAGUUGACUGCAACCAAAUUCGAAGAAAGAAAGGUGUCUUUAAUAGGGAGAAAAGCAAACUAUUCUUAAAACAGUAUGUUGAACAGGAUGAAAAAGGCAUGUUUGUGAUAAAGACCCCUAUUUUGGAGGACUUCGGCAUCAAUAAGAUGAAAUUUGAUCAGAUUUUUGAUGGACCAUUACCGAACUUCGACAAAUCGAAGAGACUCGAGAAAAUUCCUAACGGCAAAAAACAGAAACAAGAGACUUUGGCUAAGUACUUAAUGAAAAAUAAUACAACUGUGACUAGCAUCAACAUUGAAAAUAAAUUAGAUGCAAAACAGAAAAAGUAUAAUCUUUUGGAGCAAAUGAAGAAGCGAGAGGAGGAGUUUAAGGUAUGGAGGCAGAUGAAGGAGGAAGAGAAAUUAGCAUUGAAGAAAAAACAAAAAGAGGAGAGUUUGAAGAUAGCAAGUUACCUUAAAGAGUGGAAUAAAAUCAAAGAUGACUUGGAUUUAGAGGAUCAAAAGAAACUACCUGUACCUAUGCCAGUUAAAUCCAAAGUACCAGACAAAUAUUUUGGGGACAUGCUGAUGGUCAUGGAAUUUGUGGAGACCUUCUCCAAGCUACUUUCCACUAAAGAUUUCUUUCCCUCUGGUUUCACACUCGAAAUCAUGGAGAGGGCUUUAAUUGAAAAGGAGGUGGCGGGACCGUUAACUGAUAUCAUUCAGAUGUUCUUGACAGCACUUUUCAAUCUACAAGAUGAGGAAUCUACCCAAUAUAGAACUUCUAUUGAAAACACAACAGAUAUCAAAGAAGAAGAACUACCUGACAAUCUCAGCUUGACAGAAGCAACCCGUCUCGCCACACUUGCCUCCAGUUGGAGUAACAAGUACCAAGGGCUCCCCCUAGGCCGUCUUCCCCUCUAUUCUGUCACUGUUUCUGAAAUAUUGAGACUACACCUGCUCUCUUCUGGUGCCCGCAUCAACGACACAGGUGCUAAAUGGCGUUAUGCCCAACGUGGCGGUUAUACCAGUGAGGAUGAUCCAGGGCUGCACCUACGUCUCCACCAGCCUCAUAUACUCAAAGCUUUAGCUUUUCAUAAUGUAGUUCAGCUUCCAAUAAGCGACAAAUUGCAGAUCUUGGCCUGUUUGACCAAUCAGCUGCUGACAUAUGCUGAUGUACGGGACAUAGUAGAAGAGAGAUUAGAAAAGAUUAAGCAGUUGAAAAUGGACCUGAAAGUGGCUCAAGCAGCUGAGAGGAAAAAGGAACAGGAAUAUGCCACGGGCAAAUGGAAGCUUCAAAAGGAAAUGAAGGACAGGCCGGAGGCACGGAAGGAGGCUGUUGAGAAGCUGAAGAAAGAGGCGGAUAAAAGACGAGCAGAGAAUGCGAGGAAAGCAGACAAAUUGAUGAAAGCAAUUUGUGAUUUACAGAAUGUAAUGGGUUAUGACAGAGCGUACCGUAAAUAUAUUAGGUUAGAUUCUGUGCCUGCUGUAUUUGUAAAUUCCGAAGACAAAUACGCCGGUGAGUGUCGUCAAGAAAUCUGUAAACAGAACUCCGAACUGGUAAACGUUGACCGAAAACAGUUGCUCAAGCACGUUCGGAAAGUGCUGUUCGAGGAGAUGAAUUCCAGUGAUAAAGAAAAUGAACCCUCUAAAUCGUUAAAAAAAGGCAACGGUUCUCCCAAUUCUUCCUCCAGCGCCGAAUCGGAAAGUUGUGCAGAAUUAUUGAUGUGUUCCGCAGAUCCUACGACCUGUAUUGUACAUUCCACAGAUCUAAAUAGGAACAGAUGGUUCUUUUUUCACAGUAAGGAGCAGUUGGAAGCCUUGGAAAUCAGCCUAAACAAGCGUGGCGUAAGAGAAAGUGAACUAUUACAUGUCAUAAUAAAUGACAAGGACCGUCUGAUGAACGUUAUUACACAGACACCCGUAAGUGUUCUGAAUCCUGAUGUAGAAAUCGACGAAGAGCAGAAGCCUCUGAAAAAUGCAAAGAAGGGUAAGGACAGGUACGAAGAUGCUAACUUGGGCUACGGUUCUGAGAUGGCUCCCGAGGAGGUUUUGGAGAAUGCCCUCGUUGAUAACAUCCUCGAGAUGGAAGAGAAAAUAUAUGCUGGUAAUCUUGGUGGUCUGGCUGUUAAGAAUAGGGAUGAAUGGCGCAACUGCCUCUUGUCAAAGCGUUACGAAGAUCUGAAUAGGAGUAUUAUGAGGAACGGAGAGAACGGCAAACUGAUAAAGGUGAGGAAGGAGAAGGGGAAGAACAGCAGGUCGUGUUCUCCGGAAUUACCCAAGAGUGAACUCAAAGAUUACCAGGACCCUGGUAGAUUUCUGGGCACCGUCUUAGAUGUAGAAGUGAACGGGGUGGAUGGAGAAGGUGAUGAUGUGAUCUUAGUACAAGUUGAAAGGCUUCAAAAGGCAAUUGGUGGCUUGGCACUUGCAUUGGGACAGGUGGCGCAAGCUGUCGAUCAGAAAUACCUAAAGAAACCUUUAGGUCAUGCGGAUGCAACAAAAAAUGACAAAAAAAAGGACGUUCUGGAUAAGUGGGAGCAGUCCCUCCUUGCUUCCACAAGUUUUAGCCAGGUAUUCCUCCACUACGGCACAUUGGACUCGUGUGUUAUGUGGUCUCGGUCGGCUCUAUUGGCCAGGUGCAGAAUAUGUAGAAGGCAGAAGGACUCUGAGAAUAUGCUGCUAUGUGAUAACUGCAAUUUGGGACAUCAUCUCUACUGCUUAAAGCCAAAACUGACGGUAGUACCCAAAGGCGACUGGUUCUGUGAUAGAUGUAAGAGGGAAAAAGAGAAGGAAGCCAAACUUCUGAGUCCCGAACCUAUGCCACAGAAGAAGCGCAGGAUAUUUAGGGAUGAAGAUGUGGAAGAGGAGGAGGAGGACGGGGAUGGCGGCGGUAGCGGUGAAGAGAAUGAAAUGGCGGAGGAGGAAAGUGAGGAGGAGAUUGAUGGAGGCGUGGAUGAGGAGGAGCAAAAUGGGGAUAUCAAGGUUGAACUCUGUAAGAUGUGUGGAUCGGGUGGAGAACUGUUAACGUGCGAAAAGUGUUCCUUGAACUAUCAUAUAGAAUGCUGUGUGCCCCCUCUAAGGCGGGCUCCUAGAGGCUCAUGGUUGUGUUAUUCCUGUAAAGAAACUAAAGACAGAUACAGAGAAUCUGAUAAUGGCGAACUGGUUCAGUGCGUUACUGGAUUAGUAAACAACCAGAGACGCUGUGCUGCCAAAGCCAGAUAUAAGAUCCACAACUUUGCAAAGUUUCUACGCGGCACAAACGAAUCAGAUGAUUCUGGUGACGAGGUUGUACAUAGUCGAAGAUCUCACCGGAGGGAGGAGGGUCGGGGUGACUUACCAUUACAUAACGCUGCCUUACAGGAACUGCUGUCCGAAGUCAUGAAGCACAAAGACGCUUGGGCCUUCCUCAGACCUGUUCAAAAAAAUGAGGUACCUGAUUAUUACGACGUUAUUACAAGACCGAUGGAUUUCGGAACAAUAAAGUACAAGCUAAACAUGGGAGAGUAUAAUGAGGAUAGUCAGUUAAUGCAAGAUGCCGUACUAAUUUUUGAAAAUUGCAAUACGUAUAAUCACUCAGAUGCUGAAGUGUACAAAUGUGGGGUGAGGUUACUCAAAUUUUUCGAAAAGAAAGCAAAAGAGUUAGGUCUGAAAUUACCCGAGGAGAUGGAAAGUGAUCCAGAAGAGCAACCCAAAUCAAAAAAGCGCCGUACCAAAUGAUAGUAUUACAUAUUUUAUACGUAAUAUAUAAAUUAUUUUUACAAUUUAUAUAGCCCACCGAAACGUAGGUCCAUGUAUUAUGAAAAUUUUUUUUUGUUUUAGAUAAUAUAUUAUUAAUUAAUUUUUCUACUGAAGUCUAUGUUUCUCCGUAGCUUUUAUUUGUUAUUGUAGGAACUUA